AUGGUCCCACGUACAGUCAAUAAUGGUACCUCUGGAAAUAAUAAUGAUAAUUUACAUCGUGGUAUGACAGACACUGGUGAACGUUAUGGUCGAGGGUCUUGUUUCAGUUCUCAUCACUCUCGAUAUUCUAUGCAUAAUCAGUAUCAACAAGGACUUCAACAACACCAGCAGCAACAACAGUUACAACAACAUCAUUUAAACGCUUUACAGGCUCACCAUGCGUCCACAACCGGAUUGAAUGAUCCUAUGAUGUUAGGAGACGACUGUGGUUCUGAACCGAACAGCUUAGCUGCCCUAUUAGCACCUCCGUCUAAACAACCAAGACAACAUCUUGCUACAGAUGCUGUUACAGCUGCUGCUCUAGCCAGAGGUGAUGCACUCGAUGCAUACUCUGCGGCUACUAGAGCAAUGGUUGGUCUAGAGAAUGCUGGUGUUAUCGGUGGAACACACCCACCAUGUGUUAGCCUACGAGAGGCAGCAGAAAAUAUGACGUUGGGCGGUACACCUAAUUUGGUUGGGACACCUCCUGCUCCACCUCAUACAAGUGGUUAUCAGUCAUCUCUUAUGAACGUGGUUUCAAGUUUGAGUGGUGAUGGGCUAGAUUUUGUCCGUAAUCUCGGUGUAGCAAAUCAUAUUCAUAGUGCUACUACAAGUUAUAAAUUCUUAUUUACCAAGCCUCAUUUAAUAAAUAUGGUUCAUAGCUUGGUACUUGAAAGAUCUUCUGACGAUAAUUUGUCUUGCACAAUUGAAGGAGAAGUUUCUGCUAUUGAAUGCCGAGAUGCGCGUUCCAAUACAAUUUCCCAUGGUCAGAAACUUCAAAAUAAAACUGAUGACACAGUAACAAGUGAAGAAACCACAAAACCGGAGAAAAUACAGAAAGUAUCUUACCCUCCACUUCUCACAGACUUAUUAACUAAACAGAAAGCACUAAAUAUUCCAAAGAUGGACGACUAUUCUAUGGCUCAACAAAAUGAAAUUCUCGACAAUUUACAUAAAUUGAAGUGUAAUACUUCAGAUGAACCAAUCGCUACAGCUAUUCAUGGCCCGCUGACUAUAUUUUCACCAAUGCAAUUGGUACAACUGAGCGAGGUCUAUAGUAGUGAUCCAAGUCUUAUUGAGUAUGCAGUUUCUUUGCUUAAAUUUGUCCAGCCAGUCGGUCGGUGGGCUCGUCGGUGGGUUGCUAAACGUUUGGAUGCUGCAACAGACGGUCUACACUCUCAAGCUGUUUAUGCUCUUCAAUCUCAGUAUGAUAAUGAUAAAACUGAAUUACUUCAGAGUUGGUUUGACGAAGUGGAUUUAACGAUCGAUCCUCCUACUCCAAAAUCUGAUGAAGUUGAUACAGAACACCUUGAACCUUGUCUACUUGAUCUUCUUAUGGAUGACGAUACAGUUACUUCUUGUAAUAGCAAUACAAAUGGCCCUGUACUCCCUACUGAUAAUGAACAUGUUUCACUUAUUACUGACGUACAAAUAUCAUGCAUUAAAAAUGGAAACAUAAAUUCUGUAAACACUUCAAAUUUGUCAAACCCUGUCGAUGUAACGUUGACAGCAGAUUCUUGUGGAACAUCAUUUUAUAAUACUUCUGUAUCCGCUUCUGAAGUCACUGUUUCCGCACCGAGUUCAACAAUAAUUCCACAACAGAAUUCCUCACUGAAUAAUGAACUUGAUGAUGUCAUAAUUUGUGACUCAUUACCGUCAUCUGUUUCAACGUCAACUCCUUGUGAAAAUAUUACAGCACCCAGUGAUAUCCAGUCAAUUGGUCAAGUUGCACUGGUCGCUACCAAACCUUCUGAAGGACAGGCGCUCUCUGAUGAAUGUGCUUCAAAUGUCAAAGUUGUAGAUGAUGUUGUUUGCUCUAGUUUCUCUAGUUUAAGCGAUCUUAAAUCAGAUUGCUUUGUUCACGUAAAAAGUGGGCAAACAUCUGAAGCUCCAAGUGAUAGUUCAACGUCACUUUUGAAAACUGCUCUCAGCGCUGCCUCUUCAUACUCUCUAAGUUCUUCACAUGAUCGAAUUGUUGUACAAAAUAAAGUAAUUUUAAAUGCAGGAGAAGAUAGUACUAAAAAUCUCUCCUCAAGUGAUGGCUUAACUACCACCAUGCCAGCAACUAGCUUGCAGCAUAGUUUGUUUUUGGAUUCCCAUCUUAUUACUCACAAGGAAAUUCCUGCUGUUGAAACACACGCGGAAAAUAGUCUCCCAGUGAAUCAGAGUUACGACACAAUCAAUUAUGCAGAAGCCAAUUCGUCGACUGUAUGUCAACUUCAAAAUUCAUGUGUAAGAAUAUGCGUUGAUAUGGAUGCUAGUUCCACGUCAUCUACAGAUACUGAAAACGCCAAAUCACUUCCAUUGUCAGAUUUAAUCUCAUCAGAUAUUUCCCAGACUAAUCAUAAGUCACCGGAAACUAAUGCUGAUAAUACAUUGAUUUCUUGAUCUUAGGUUUAAUAUUUCAAAGACAAGCUAACUGUACAUAUGAAUGCAUGUAUAUACUACACAUUGCUUACCAUAAGGUUACCAAAUUGUACAAACUUAUUUACUAAAGAGGAGUUUUUACUUGAAUAGACUUUAACACAUGUUUUUGUCCACAUUAUUUUUUUCUUUUUUCAAAAACUGUUCUAAUAUCCUAAUUUUUCUGAACUUUAGAUAUGAUUAUUCGGUUUGUUAAAUAAUCAAAUUUAUCGUAGCACCAAAAUGUUUAGUAUAAUGCUCAAGUUAUACACACCAAUAUGAUGUAGCUAAAUGAAGAAGUAUUCAUCUCAGUAACUUUCUUUGUAACUGUGCUCAUACCACUUAAGCAUAAUAAUAAUAACAAUUCC